GGGUCUCCGUCCACCUCGCCGCCGGAGACAACCACCAAACCCACGCAUCCCCAGCUCCCCUCGCCUCCUCUUUCCACAGCGCGGCGCCGAUGGCCACGGCACACUGCUACCCGCCGCCGCCGCCCAUCGCCCACGCGCUUCCAAGGCCGCACGCCGCCGACGGCGCCGUUGCCCUCCUCCCCGACGACGGCGGCAGCGACAGCGAGAGCGUGGCCGAGUCGUCGUGCCCGCACCCGCGCGUGCGCCGGCCGACGGCGAGCCGGGACGAGGAGGAGGAGGAGGACAACGACGGGUGCAGCAGCUGCGUGGAGGUGGACGAGUACUGGGGCUACUACCAGCAGCAGCAACAGCAGCAUCCGCAGGAAGCCGACGACGAGGAGGAGGUCAGCACGUUGAGCGUCUGGUGGAAGAAGAAACGGGCGGCGGCGGCGGCUAGUAGGGCUGGCGGCGCGUUCCCCUCGGCGUUCCCCUCGGCGGUGGGUGGUGAGGGGGAGGAGAAGAAGGCGGAGGACCCGAAGCGGGCGGCGGCGCGGCAGGAGGAGGACCGCAAGUUCUGGGCCGACUGCCUCGCCACCGGGUACCCCUGAAACCCAGGAAAAGCCAUAGGUCGGCAUGCAAAGGCCAUGGCAAAGAAGCCAUGAGCGCCGCCAACCGAAACUGCAGCCGCUCAACCCAAGCGUAUGCCUACCUUUGUUUGUUUCUUUCCAUUUUUCUUUUGAUUUCCUUGUACAUAAUAUUCAACGGAACUCCUCAACAAGCCACUGGGUGGCGUAUUUUGACCCCCGUAAAGC